GCAGAGCUAACCGCCGGCGGCGGCGGCGGCAGGGAGACGGAGGAACAGCGCUGCAAGUUCCUGGUGCUGCGCCUGUACGAGGCGCUCAACGCCCGCGACGCGCGCCGGGCGCAGGAGCUGCUCGCCCCGGACCUCGAGUGGUGGUUCCAUGGCCCGCCCGCGCACCAGCACAUGAUGCGCCUGCUCACCGGCGCCGACACCAACGCCGAGUUCACCUUCGCCCCGCGCUCCGUCGACGCCUUCGGCUCCACCGUCAUUGCCGAGGGAGGCGCCGACGCUGGCGGCCAGCUAUACUGGGUGCACGCCUGGACCGUCGGCCCUGAUGGGGUGAUCACGCAGCUCAGAGAGUACUUCAACACCGACCUCACCGUCACCCGCCUCUCCGCCGCCGAGGCCACCAAGAACGCCACCGCCGCCGUCUCUCCUAGCCAGGCCUCCUCCUCCUCCUCCUCCUCCACUUCAUCCACUUCCUUGGCCCCCACGCCCAAGUGGCCCAAGUGUCUGUGGGAGAGCCGCCGCGCUGAUCGCGCCCGCAAGUCGCUGCCGGGCCUCGUCCUCGCCAUCUAAGAAGUGAACUGCCUGCAAGAAGUCAAAGGUGUUGGCGUAUGGGCUGAACUGAACUGAACUGCCUGCUAGUAGAGUUCAGUGAUCCCACAUUUCCCCUACCACUACUAGUAUUGCUUUGCGUGUUUGAAUUAGCAAGUGUGAUUUAGUGCUUGGUCAAAGUUAUGGAUUAUGGUGUGUACUGCAGCUGCAGCAAUGGCUCGCUAUUGCUGCUGAAUAAAAGUAUCAGAGUGUCUUUGGGUGU